AAGCAAAAGAUGGGGAAAACGAUGAUGAAGACGGAAGUAGCUAAACCUGCGCCCAUGGCGCAUAUUAACUGUUAACAUACGUGCUCUACCAAAGAAACCACGCACACGCACCCAUAAAAAAAGACAAAGAGCCUCACGCUCUUCUUAUCCUCUUGUUCUACUAAGCUCACAGGUUGCGUUAUCCCUAAAUUCAGACCUUAACACAGUACUCUAAUGGCUGCUUCGUCUUCAAUGCAGAUGGUACAUGCAUCUCCUUUCGUUUUCCAGGAUCUAGAGCUGCAAGCAAAAGUGACAAAAAAAUGCUUCUUUGAUGUAGACAUUGGAGGUGAACCUGUGGGAAGGAUUGUAAUAGGCCUUUUUGGGGAUGUUGUGCCAAAAACUGUUGAAAACUUCCGUGCCCUGUGUACAGGAGAGAAAGGAUAUGGAUACAAAGGAUGCUCCUUUCAUCGUAUUAUUAAAGAUUUUAUGAUCCAGGGGGGGGAUUUCACUGAAGAAGAUGGAACUGGAGGAGUCAGUAUUUAUGGUUCCAGAUUUGAAGAUGAGAGUUUUGCCCUGAAGCAUGUUGGGCCUGGAGUAUUGAGCAUGGCAAAUGCUGGUCCGAAUACCAAUGGGAGCCAAUUCUUCAUUUGUACAGUAAAGACUCCAUGGCUGGAUAACCGCCAUGUUGUGUUUGGACAUGUCAUUGAUGGUAUGGAUGUUGUCCGCAAGCUUGAGUCAACAGAGACAAGCAGGUCAGAUUACCCCCGAGUACCAUGCAGAAUUGUUAACUGUGGGGAAUUGCCCAUUGAUGGUUGAUCAACCUAGUUUUAUACCCAGGAUGGAUUUUGUUGUCCUUUAUGCAAUGAUUUUACCUAUGUAUGCGCGAACUGUUGUUCUUAUACAGCUGAAAGAAUUUUGUAGAACACUCAGUAAGUUAAUGAUAGAGGAUCAUGUAUUUCACUUGGAUGAAAAUAAAUUCAAGGGUUCCAUAUUCAUCGA